UUUUCAUAAAGUAACGACAGCAGAUGACAUAAGAUUUUUUCCUGGCUUUAGAUGAAGCUCUUGCCUCUUGUAAGAAGAUUAGCCAUGCAGGCUAUAUUUAAUUGAAUUACAUAAUUAUGACAGUUUUUUCUACUUCUUAUUUGGUUAGAAGUUUGAAAUUAUUUUUGUUAUUCAUUGGAAAAUGGAAUAUCUACACAAUUUAGGUUACGUAUUUAGCUAAGUUCACAUUUUGUUCAAUGAUGGAUUUCUUUUUCUUCAACUAUUUGAUUAGGGGUUAAGUCAACUCAUCUCUUUUGGGACCAUAGACAAAAGAGGGUUAAAACUUUUUUUUAAAUAUGGCAAUAUCACGCACGGCAAUUUAUAAAUUUUCGCGGGUGAAUCCGGGUGAUCGUAAAGAUUUUUUCACGGUGAAAAUUUCCAGAAAUGGAUCUCGCAAAGCUGAAACAUGUGAGCAAUUUGAACGACUACAUUUCCGUUACACAGGAAAUAGUCAAUAACUCACACAAAAACCUAAAAAUCCAGUUUAACAUGUCUUCUGUGCUCUUGCUCAAAAAAGUUAGAUCUUUGGAGAUUGAAUACUUCAACAAAUGCGAGGGAAAUGGUGCGGCGUUGAUUUUGUUUGAACGUAUGGUGGAACAACCAGUGUCUAAGACAUGGGGUUUACUUGGCAAAGAACUGGUGGCUCUGUUGCAGUACUGGCUCGAUGCUAUGCGCAAACACCUCAUAAAGCACAGUCAUCACUGGUGGACAUUCUUGAAUUCGCUUCUCAAGUUCAUAAAAAGCAUGAGAGUAAAAGACAAGAGCCUGCCUGAUAUACUUGUGGAAGGCACGGCCGAGUGUCUUCUGGACCUGGCAACCAGCUCCGAACCAGAUACAGCCCAGCGCUGUGAGAUCUUAUACUCCCUCAAUUUGUGCUGCGCUGAGUCUAGUAGAGAGAUAAGAUUCGCAUUGAGGACUCACUUCGAAGGGUAUUUCACCAAACUAGCUUCUCUCCUGGCUUCCUGCGGUCACCUUCCCACCCAGUACUGUAUGUUAGAAGCAUUGCUUCGCUGGCUAUUACCGCGGCAUGACGCGUCUGUGAGGCAAGCGGCCGCUUCUAGGUGGUUUCCGGCUGAAGUCGUCGGGAGGAAAGCGUUGCAACUGUUCCUGGAGAGACCUUGGCAGAACUUCUUUCAGGACGCCAGAGAUUUUUUGAACGCGUUCAAUGCUACUGGCAGUCUCGUUACGUCGUUUUUGUGCCGCAAAAUAACCGUGGGCUCUGUGGCCGUGUUAUCGGGCACAGAGAAGAGAGAGACAUGGUUGGAUCUCAACUCGCGUUAUGACAGCGCGUCUGUCGUGCUCGACCCGCGGCUUGUGGACGCGCUGUGCGCGCGCGACGCGCCCGCGUGCGAGAGCCUCAUACUGCACGCGCGUGACGUCACCACGCUGCAGCUCACCAGGUGA